AAUCGAAAUUAAGUUUAUUUACGCUUUUUAAUAAUUAAAAAGCUACCAAAAGGUGUUAGGUAUUUAUCACAACGACGUUUAUUAUUACAACGUUUAUAAUCAAGGUAUGAGACGAAGAGAAAAAUCGAGGUUGAUGCGAGAAAAGAUAACCUAAAAAUGUGAUUUUUUGGAAUAAAUCUUGUAAGAUGAAGUUAAUAUCUCUUCGGUGGGUGAUUUUAAAACCUAUGUAAGCAAAGAAUUUUAAAAAUCAUGAAGAUAAUGAGAAAAUGGACAACCAAGUUGUCAGAAGUGUCAACGGAGAUGUUUUUUGCUCUACGAUUUUAAAGAAUUAAAGGCAUAUUUCCGACAUUUAUAAUUAUUGUAAUGUAGAUGUUUCAGCUGUAAUGAAAAGCUGAAAGGAUUUAGUUAUUACGAUAUGAGGACGAAAUUGUUCAAGUUAAUUCUUCGAGUGAAUUCUCCUAAUGAUUUGUUCCAACUAAAAUCGAUUCAUCGUAGAACAAAUUAAAUUCCAAACAAGCAUGCGAACGCGGUUAAAGUACAAGCUGCGGAAUACGUCCAAAAGAAGCAAGCGAGGAAAAUGAUGACCCGCUCCGUAACCGGAUCGUUAUUUCAAGCUCAAAAGCUCGUCGAUAUCGCCGACGUGAAAUUUUUCGCAACUGCUAAGCCCCAAACGUUUUUCGCCCGCGAUAACGUAAGCAAUUUCAUCCAGUGGUGUCGCCAAUCGUUGCAGAUCCUCGAGUGUCUUCUUUUCGAAUCGGACGAUUUGAUUCUGAGGAAAAACGAGAAACACGUUAUUUUGUGCCUUUUGGAAGUGGCGAGAAGGGGCGCACGAUUCGGGAUGUUAGCCCCGAUGUUGGUCCAAAUGGAGCGUCAAAUCGAUCGCGAAAUUCUCGCGGACCAACGAGCCCAAGGAAACGGAAACGAAAGCGAACUCCAAGACGACGAUUCCGACAGCGAAAUCGAAGACGAACAGAUCAUGUUGAGUUAUGGGCCAACCCCUCAAAUCGUCACCAACGAUUUAAAGAGUUUGGAUGAGAUGGUUCGGGAUUUGGUGGCUCAAUGUACCUGCCCCACUCAGUUCCCCAUGAUUCGCGUUUCGGAGGGAAAAUAUCGCAUCGGCGACACAAAAGUUCUUAUUUUUGUUCGAAUUCUAAGAAAUCACGUUAUGGUGCGAGUCGGGGGCGGAUGGGACACCCUGGCUCAUUAUUUAGAUAAACACGACCCCUGUAGGUGUCGCGCCCAACAUAGGCCCACCACGCAAAGCGCGAAAUUAAUUAAUAAACCCGGAACUAACGAUUUAGUGGGGGCGCAUGUUCAUUACGAGAGAAUCAACACACAAAAUCAAGAAACCCCCAAACAAUAUCUUAGCCUCCCGCAUUCAGACCGCGGCCGAUCAAGGUCCCCAUCUCAACCCUUAACCAGAAGAUCUUUAAGCCCCAACAUACAACGAAAACAACUUUCCGUCCCAAUAAGCCGAUCCAGGAGUCCAACCCCCAAUUUUGUAUCUCACACCAAAUGGACAAUGAAGAAUAAUCACGGCCCAUCGUCGUUACCUUAUAUUCCAAAUAACGAAAAACCUAACUUAAACGAAACCAAGUUAAACGAAACAAAAUUAAAUGAAUCAAAAACGAAUUUUAAUGAAACGAAAUCGCAAAACGGGAGUCCCAUCAAAUUGGCAAAACACGCGAACGCGAAAAACGCGUCAAAUAUCAUUUCGAGUCUCCAAAUUCCGGUUCAUUGUAAAACGGAGGCGAGCUUGCACGUCUCCGACCACAGCACGGACCAUAGUGAUAACACAUCCGAAGUUUCCGACGAGGGGUAUCGAAGUUUGGGGGUGGUGCAAGGCGAUAGGAGGAAUAGGAACUCGAUUUACAGCCAAAACUCGGCCGAGGAUGCAGAAUUAAGCGGUAAGAAUAACGUUUUCGUUCAAAUUAGAUCAUUUUAGCCUGAGUUGAUG